CCAGGUCGCUGAGAGGAGAGUCAGUGCAGUUUCCUUCCGCCAAUCCCCGCGGGCCACAGCUAGCUGGCUCGCCCGGCCCCUGUCAGUCACCGACCGAGCAGCCAGCCAAUCAGGAGCGCGACAUCAUCCCGCCUUGGCCCUCGUUCGCUGAGGCGGGCAUCGUUCGGUGUUUUGAGCCGCCGCGCCACCGAUCUCCGGCAGCGAGAGGUGGUUGAACGGAGGUGGCGGGAAACCACUGUUUGAUCGAAAUUGCCUCCCUCACGGUCGCUUCGGAUGAUAACAGAUUUCAGAAGACUGAACCACAGGCCAGAGUCCUCAAUAAAUGAGAGAUUUUUCACAAUCAAAAUUAACAGCAAAAUAAGUCAAGAUGUCUGUCGAUCCAAUGACCUAUGAGGCCCAGUUCUUUGGCUUCACACCACAAACUUGCAUGCUCAGGAUUUACAUUGCAUUUCAAGACUACCUAUUUGAAGUGAUGCAGGCUGUUGAACAGGUUAUUCUGAAGAAGCUGGAGGGCAUCCCAAACUGUGAGAUUAGCCCAGUCCAGGUUCGUAAGUGCACAGAGAAGUUUCUUUGCUUCAUGAAAGGACGUUUUGAUAAGCUUUUUGUCAAAAUGGAACAGCUGUUUUUACAGUGGAUUUUGCGUAUUCCCCCAAACAUCUUGCUUCCGGAAGAUAAAUCUCAGGAGAUGCAUUCUUAUAGUGAGGAAGAAUUCCAGCUUCUCCAGAAAGAAAUUGAACAGUUACAGGAGAAGUACAAGACUGAAUUAUGCACUAAGCAGGCCCUUCUUGCAGAGUUAGAAGAGCAAAAAACUGUUCAGGCCAAACUUAAACAGACAUUGGCUUUGUUUGAUGAGCUUGAAAAUGUUGGCAGAAAUCAUGGGACUAGUGAUUUCAGGGACAGCUUGGUGUUCCUGGCCCAGAACUCCAGAAAACUCCAGGAUAUUAGAGACAAUGUGGAAAAGGAAAGCAAAAGACUGAAAAUAUCUUAAUUUCUAAAUAGUAAAAGGAGCCAGUCAAAAGUUGGUCUGUAUAUUUUGUUGGAUUUUCUUUGAACUCUCUUGUAUUCUACAUUUUCCUUCUGUUUGGUCCACUCCCCUGAAGUAUCUGUGUACUACUCGAAACUGAUCUUUGAAGCAUUUAUUCCUUAUAGGCCUCUAAUAGGUGGGAAGGGAUUCUUAAUCCAUUAAAGACUCAUUUGGGGCUUGAUAAAGAAAUAAAGCUUUCCAUGGCCAGUCAAAAGAUAUUUGUAAAAGGUGUACUUUGGUCAUGAGUCCGUUGUAACCUUGAUCCUUUUUACUUAUUCUUUAGAUGAGACCAAAUGACAAAAAGGUUGAGUGGGUGGCUUCUUUUUUUUUUUUUUAAAUAUAUUUUCAUUGAUUUCAGAGAGGAAAGGGGAGAGAGAGAGAAAGAUAGAAACAUCAAUGAUGAGAGAGAAGCAUUGAUCGGCUGCCUCCUGCAUGCCCCCACUGGGGAUGGAGCCCGAAACCUGUGCCUGUGCCCUGACUGGGAAUUGACCUGUGACCUCCUGGUUCAUAGGUCAACACUCAACCACUCAGACACACCAGCCAGGCAAGUGGGUGGCUUCUUUAUUAAUCAGCCACUACACUGUGGGACAGCCAACAUAGAAUAUGUGCUCUUGCCCAUAAUUUUUCUUACACCAGGAAGUUGAUACGUAGUUUAAAGAAGCAAGUAACAGAAAAACAACCAUAAUCUUUAGUAAAGAAGAAAGAAAUUUUUUUUUCUAAAAUAAAUCCUUUCCAUGACCAAGGCCCUGAUGGUGUUAAACAAUUUACUGUCUUGGAGCCCAGCAGUGGA